AUGGGUACUUUCUUUUCCCUUUUGGUGAUUGUUGUUAUCUGGAUGUCAUGGUCUGUGGGCUGCGAGUUGUUCAUAAAGGAGAGAGCAGAUUGGCUAAGUACUCUUCUUCGAACCGAGUUCUUUGGCCCUUGCUCUGAACAUCAAGGCCUUAGAAAAAACGAGAAGAACGUGUUCUGCAUCGAUUGCAGACUUGGGUUUUGCCGGCAUUGCGAGGCUCAUAGCCAACAUCUUUCACUUCAGAUCUGCAAAUAUGUGUACCAAGAUGUUGCUCGCCUUCAAGAAAUGCAGAAACACAUUGAUAGUUCCAAAAUUCAGACAUACAAAAUCAAUGGUGAAAAGGCUGUGCAUUUGAAUCCUCGGCCUCAAGCUAAAGACGCCAAGCCGUCGACGAAAUCGAGAACCGGUGCCGCAUGUGAUGCUUGUGGGAGAUACCUUCAAGACUCACCUAAUAGAUUUUGUUCCAUUGCAUGCAAGGUCUCAACUGUUGAUCAUGCAAAGCCUAGAAACCGAACCGGUAAACUCGAAUUGUCGAUACGAGAUUUCUCCGAUCUUCCAUGGAAGUACGAUGAAAAUUCACCGGAAAUAAGCACAGAAGAGAAGCAAUCAUCCCUUUCAUCGACCGAUGUCUCCUGGGAGACAAAAACAUCGGUGUCAAAGAGUUUAAAGCCUAGGAAACAAUCGAAGAAACGGAAAGGCACUCCUCGUAGAGCUUCGGUCGGUUAA